UCUGUUUCGUCUUCCUUCUCCAUUGAGGGAGAGUGUGUGUUUGAGAAAACAUGGAAACCAGCUCGGUUUCCAAAUUGAAGCUUGCAUUUUAUUGUUUGGCAUUGUGGUUGGGUUGUGAGCUGGUUCAUUCUAGUGUCACCUAUGACAGAAAGGCCAUGGUCAUCAAUGGCCAAAGGAGAAUCCUUUUCUCUGGUUCUAUACAUUACCCAAGAAGUACCCCUGAUAUGUGGGAAGAUCUGAUUCACAAGGCCAAAGAGGGAGGUUUAGAUGUCAUUGAAACCUACGUCUUUUGGAAUGUUCACGAGCCUUCUCCUCGCAAUUACAAUUUUGAAGGAAGAUAUGAUCUGGUGAGGUUUGUGAAGACAAUACAGAAAGCAGGGUUAUAUGCUAAUCUUCGCAUUGGACCAUAUGUUUGUGCUGAAUGGAAUUUUGGAGGAUUUCCUGUUUGGCUCAAGUAUGUUCCCGGUAUAAGCUUUAGAACAGACAAUGAACCUUUCAAGAGGGAAAUGCAAAGGUUCACUGAGAAGAUUGUGGGAAUGAUGAAGAGUGAACGUCUGUAUGAAUCUCAGGGUGGCCCUAUCAUACUCUCUCAGAUUGAGAAUGAGUAUGGUGCACAGAGUAAAUUACUUGGACCUGCUGGCCAUAAUUAUGUGAACUGGGCUGCAAAAAUGGCUGUUGAAAUGGGAACUGGGGUCCCUUGGGUGAUGUGCAAGGAAGAUGAUGCUCCUGAUCCAGUGAUAAACACUUGCAAUGGCUUUUAUUGUGAUAAAUUUACUCCCAAUAGACCCUACAAGCCUUCAAUUUGGACAGAGGCUUGGAGUGGCUGGUUUUCUGAAUUUGGAGGUCCAAAUCACGAGAGACCUGUUGAGGAUUUGGCAUUUGCAGUUGGGCGAUUCAUACAAAAAGGAGGAUCAUUUGUUAACUACUACAUGUAUCAUGGAGGAACCAAUUUUGGCCGUACAGCUGGAGGCCCUUUCAUCACUACGAGCUAUGACUAUGAUGCUCCAUUGGAUGAAUAUGGUUUGAUUAGGCAACCAAAGUAUGGUCAUCUAAAGGAGCUUCAUAAGGCUAUUAAGAUGUGUGAGCGGGCUUUAGUUUCAAAUGACCCAGUUGUUACUUCAUUAGGGAGCUUCCAACAGGCUUACGUAUACUCUACAGAAUCUGGAGAUUGUGCAGCUUUUCUCUCGAACUAUGAUACAAAAUCUGCUGUUAGAGUGAUGUUCAACAAUAUGCACUAUAACUUACCUCCUUGGUCCAUCAGCAUCCUCCCUGAUUGUAGGAAUGUCGUUUUUAAUACAGCAAAAGUUGGAGUACAAACAUCUCAAAUGCAAAUGUUGCCAACAAAUACUCAUAUGUUCUCAUGGGAGAGUUUUGAUGAAGAUAUUUCUUCUCUAGAUGACGGCUCUGGAGAUACAAUCACUACUUCCGGUCUCUUGGAACAGAUAAACGUAACAAGGGAUACAAGUGAUUAUCUUUGGUACAUAACUGGUGUUGAUAUUGGUUCAUCCGAAUCCUUUCUCCGUGAAGGCAAACUCCCCUCUCUCAUUGUUCAGUCAACAGGCCAUGCUGUGCAUGUUUUUAUCAAUGGUCAACUUUCUGGUUCUGCCUAUGGAACAAGGGAGGACAGGAGAUUCAGAUAUACUGGCACGGUAAACCUUCGAGCUGGGACAAACAGAAUAGCUCUGCUCAGUGUUGCUGUUGGACUUCCAAAUGUGGGAGGACAUUUUGAGACUUGGAACACAGGAAUCCUUGGUCCAGUUGUACUCCAUGGACUUGACGAAGGAAAGUUGGACUUGUCUUGGCAGAAAUGGACUUAUCAGGUUGGGCUGAAAGGAGAAGCCAUGAAUCUUGCAUCUCCAAAUGGUAUCUCUUCUGUAGAGUGGAUGCAGUCAGCAUUAGUUUUAGAUAAAAAGCAGCCACUGACAUGGCACAAGACUUAUUUCAAUGCUCCGGAAGGAGAUCAGCCAUUAGCACUCGACAUGGAGGGUAUGGGUAAAGGUCAAAUAUGGAUUAAUGGACAGAGCAUUGGAAGAUACUGGACUGCUCCAGCCGCUGGUGAUUGCAAUGACUGCAGCUAUGCUGGCUCAUUUAGACCUCCAAAGUGCCAGGUUGGUUGUGGCCAACCAACCCAACGAUGGUACCAUGUACCUCGAUCUUGGUUGAAGCCAAAUCACAAUUUGUUAGUUGUUUUUGAGGAACUUGGAGGAGAUCCUUCAAGAAUUUCACUUGUAAAGAGAUCAGUGAACAGUGUCUGUGCUGAUGUGUCUGAGUACCACCCAAAUAUCAGAAAUUGGCACAUUGAGAGCUAUGGGAAAUCAGAAGAGUUCCAUCCUCCCAAGGUUCACUUGCAUUGUAGUUCUGGCCAGGUCAUUUCUUCCAUUAAAUUUGCAAGCUUUGGAACUCCUUUAGGAACCUGUGGGAAUUAUGAACAAGGAGUUUGUCAUUCUCCUGCAUCCUAUGCCAUCUUAGAGAAGAAAUGUAUAGGAAAGCCAAGAUGUACAGUCACUGUAUCAAACAGUAACUUCGGGCAUGAUCCUUGUCCUAAUGUGUUGAAGCGGUUGUCAGUUGAAGCUGUAUGCGCUUCAACUUCUACCAACCGGAGGGGCUGAAUGGUUUAUGAAUCACCCUUUUUCGUGUAGUUUGUAGUGACUUAACAAGUAAAGAAAACAACAAUAAGAGUAUAGGUAAAGUUAGUGCCUUAGUUGUUUAGGGGAGAAAGUAACUAUUCUAAUGUUUUAGUGCCAAAGGCGCGUGGUUUAUAAUUUUAUUCAGUGUUGUGUUUAUUGGGUUUGUAUAAAUUAGUCAUUGUUGGAUAGGUGAAUCUCAAAGCAAAAGUCCAAAAUUUGGACCCUUGUGUGUGGAGUCAUAGUUCCCGGCCUUCUAAGUUUUAACUGGAUAUAGGCACUGGGAAGAGGCAAUUUCGUUGGUGUGAUUUUAUUUUUCACGUUUUUUCUUACUUAUUGGGGUAAAUUAAACUCCAAAUGAGGUUCAAGUUGGGAGCGGAUCCUACUGUAACCAUUCU